AUGAAAUUUGGCUCAGAUAUUGAAUUACAUCAAUUGAAACAAAUUGACAUCGAUAAACUUGUCAAUCUUGGAGAAUCCACAUUUAAGCCCAUAUCUGGCAAAGAUGAUCUUGAUAAUUCUGGAAGUACGUCAUUUCCGCAACCAAUACGUUUGACUAUUCGAUGUAUAUUUGGUUGGAUUGAGAGCUUUGCAUUAGAAAUGAAUAAUCGGUUUUGGACGGAUGAUGACGCAGUCUUAAAAAUAGGACAUGUUGGCAUCAGUAAUUAUGAAACAACUAACAAAAAUCGGUGGCAGAGUAAUCGACCAGUCAAAAGUCGACAAUCAAGCGUUAAAUUCUUGCCAACAAAAAGCAAUUCGAAUAUUUACGAAGCUUUUAUCUUUACAAUUGAUCCAUUUAUUGCACCCGAUUACGCUAAAAAUGGUCCAUAUUCUCCUGGUGAUUUAUUUUUGGGAGAAUCACCAGGAUCCGGUUACUACAUGAUUCAACGUCGUAAAGAUGAUAUUCUUGUACAUACAACUGGAGAAAAAACAAAUCCAUUACCGAUAGAACUUGCUAUUCAAGAACAUUCAAUUAUAAAGCGUGCUGUUGUUCUUGGUCAUCAACGUUCCUAUUGUUCAGCUCUUAUUGAACUCAAUAUUGAAGAAGCAUUGAAACAUGAACUUCGUUCAAUCGAAGAGCAUGUUUUUACUGCUGUACAAGUUGCCAAUAAAAAUGCACCAACACAUUCACGCAUUAUUCCUCCUUUGAUCAAAAUUCCUCCGAUGAAUAAACAUUUGCCUAUAACUGGAAAGGGUAAUAUUAUUCGAAAAUUAGUUGAUCAAGAAUACGGUUCCAUCAUCGAUCCAAUCUCUGCUAGCUCUAAUUUAUUUAAAGAAAUUAAAGAAGAACCAUUACCACGACGAGUAGAUAUAGCUCUUGCACAUGAUUAUGGACAAUCAAAGUAUGCUGCUGAACAUAUAUGUUGGGCAGCUAUGCAUUUAUGGAAUGAGUCACUAUUAUAUCUUACAACACUUUACUUUCUCUUUCGAUUUAAUGUACCCGUUGAUAUUUAUCGAUUUGGACAGAUUUGUGGUGAUAGUGAGACAGGUGCAUGGAAUACUACUGAAAUGAUACCGUUAAUGAUAUGUGCAGGUGGUGGAGAAAUGGGUGUAUUACCCGAUCAAUGUCAAAAAAUAAACUGGAUCCCUGUUAAUUAUGGUGCAGCAUCUGUGGUUGAUAUUGCUAUCGAUACAACUGCAGAAUUCACAACACCCUUCAAACAUGUACAUCAUAUUCUCAAUACCCAUGUGAUUAGCUGGUCCGAACUACUUGAACAUUUAAAAUUAUCUGGACUUCAAUUUAAAGUUGUUUCGAUUAAAGAAUGGUUGCGUAUGCUACUCGCUAAUCCGAAGAAUCCAGCCUAUACUCUAGCUAGUUUCUUUGAAAAAAUCUUUGCUGAAGGCAAUCAAAUGAAAUUUGCAAAAUUUAGGAUGGAAAAAACUAGUCGUCACACCACUAUGUUUAAAUGUUGUCCACCUAUUGAUCAAAAACUUAUUCAACACUAUUUAAACUAUUGA